AUGGAGAUUGACUUCGGAAAUGUUGAUUGCAUUCGCCGGUCAGAUAAGGAGUACGAUGCUGCCAACAUUCUCUCGCACGACAACCAUGCCCUCUAUAUCAAGAACUUGGACAUGCUUCAGCACAAAUAUCAGUGCUCUAAGUGUGAAAUGGUGUUUGUUAGCUCAGAGAGGCCUAAGAAUCAUGCCAAAAACCAGUGCGAGCGUGUUAACAUUGAAUAUUUCCCAGCUCAGCCGGCUAUCUAUCGUCUAGCUCCAAAUGCCAUCGGCUCAAUGCUAACAAAGUAUUCAAUCAAGAACACCGAUCAUUAUCUUGAUCACUUCAUAGUGUACGACUUUGAAGCUAUUCUGAAGCCUACUGGAACAAAGCGCGGGAAGAGUACCACCUUCACCAACGAACAUAUCCCUGUAUCAGUGUCUGUGGUCGAUAUGCUUAACCGAGGAAGUCCGUUGCUUUGUCAAUGA